UAUUGCCUCUCUCUCACACUACUCCAACUGGUGACACAGGAAGAGAGAAUGAUUAAGCUAGCGUUUUUCCCCAUAAACAUUCCAUUAAAAUACUGACUCAGUAAACCUCCAAAUUCCAAAUCCAACACACAUAGAUCACAAAACCAAAGACCCUUUGAAAAAUCCCGAAAGAAAACCCACAAAACGACCAAAAAUUUUCAAACUCACCUUACCCCAUCAACGAUUUCAAUAUUAGCUGUUAAUAGGAUUUUUUUAUACACUAAAGGAUUCACUCUCACGGUGGUAUUUUUCGUGAAAGGGGAGGAUGGACGGUUACUGCAAGUUACGAAUCUUCAACUCCUUCCCAGCCUAGCAGAGAGCAGCGUGCGGGCGUCUCUGUUUCUUUUCCUUCGUUCUUUCCAGAUGGCUAAGCGCGUGCACGAAGUUUGGAAAGGAAGCAAUAAAUUUUUUCUUGGCGGGAGGUUGAUUUUUGGCCCUGAUGCUAGGUCACUGCUUGUCACCUUAAUGCUAAUCAUCGUCCCAGUCAUUAUCUUUUGUGUUUUCGUUGUAAGGCAUCUUCGCCAUGAGUUUUCACCAUAUAAUGCAGGAUAUACAAUUCUGGUUAUCACAAUCAUCUUCACUAUUUAUGUAUUGGCACUUCUUCUUCUUACAUCAUCUCGGGAUCCUGGUAUUGUUCCCCGUAAUUCACAUCCACCUGAAGAAGAGUUUCGAUAUGACACUUCAGCAUCGAUGGAGGUUGGUGGAAGACAAACACCAAGCCUCCAAUUCCCUCGAACGAAAGAAGUAAUGGUUAAUGGGAUCCCUGUCAGAGUUAAAUACUGUGAUACCUGCAUGCUGUAUCGCCCUCCUCGUUGCUCGCACUGCUCCAUUUGUAACAACUGUGUGGAGCAUUUUGAUCACCACUGCCCUUGGGUGGGUCAAUGUAUAGGAUUGCGGAACUACCGUUAUUUCUUUUGUUUUGUUGCUUCCGCUACACUUCUUUGCAUCUACGUAUUUGCCAUAUCUGCUUUUUACAUCAAGAUUCAGAUGGACGACCAUCAGAGCACAGUCUGGAAGGCAAUGAAAGAAUCUCCUGUAUCUGUGAUUUUAAUGGCAUAUUGUUUUAUUUCCCUGUGGUUUGUUGGUGGACUAACUGGCUUUCACUUGUAUCUGAUAAGCACAAAUCAGACGACCUAUGAGAAUUUCCGAUAUAGAGCUGAUAACCGAAUCAAUGUUUAUGAUCGUGGUUGUUUAAAUAACUUUCUUGAAGUGUUCUGUACGAAGGUGAAACCUUCGAAGAACAACUUCCGAGCCUUUGUACAAGAGGAGGCCCAAAGAUCAACUUUCCCCGCCACCCGGGAAGCUGAAGAUACAGAUGACCGUCGCAUGAAGGUAGAAGAUGAUAUGGACAUAGGUGGAGAUCUUUUAAAGAUCUCCCAGCGUCAUAAUAUUGAAGACAUAGAAGCAGGUAUUCGCGGCAGAGGGAGUGAUGUGCCGCAUCAUAAUUCCUCGGAAGUUGAUUCUGCUCUUGGUUCUGAUAGACGAGGCCCCAGUGUGCAACCUGACACUUUGCACUCCAGUUGGGGGAGAAGUAGUGGUGGCUGGGAAAUCGCAACCGAGGUCGUUGGCACAAAUUCAAAUGUCACGGAAAUUAAAAGUUCUUCUAUUCCUAAAGAAGCGUGCCAAUGAGCACAGAAGGACCGGUGGGGGGGCAUAUAUCGAUCGAUCGGUGACAUGUACAUUAGUUGGAAGGAGCUGUCCACUUGGAUAACACUACUGAUGCUUUCUGAUUUUCGGGAGGAAAGAUGCCAUCUGUGUGGUAAUCUAUGCAAAAUCUCUAUCUCUAUCUCUUCUCUUGGAAGGAUCGGAUCAGUCGAUCAAUCCCUUCUUCCCCACCCACGGACGGAAAGUGAAUUUGAUUUUGUUAGCUAAAUUUUGCUUUUAUCAUGUCAUCUUUCUUGAAUGGCUGGGUCGAAUCUAUUUUUGACAAAAACGGUGAAUAGAAAUGUCUUUACAAUUAUGUGGGAAGACUGGGAAAGUGCCUUGUCAGUUUUUUCCCCUCCUCUAACCUUAAUCUGGUAGUCCAUUGAUGUGUAAUGGUGUGCUUUUUCUACUGGCUUCAUUCUGUGUAAUUAACUUCCUUCUCAUUGAUUUCAGUUUUCUGGCGUGAUUGUUAUUUA